AGUCCGAAGAAGAAGAAGAAGCUUGACUGGUGUAAAGUGCAGAGAACAGAUGCUGUGAAAAGACGAACCCGCUUCUGUGUGUGUAUGUGUGUUUUCUGGCUUGUUGGCCAGCAGAAUGAGAUGAAAUGGACUCCGUAACUUCUUCUGCAGCUGAGGAGGACGAAUGUGCCAAUACGGAGGCUUGGUGUUUAAUGCGAGUCGGGAGAAAUUCAGACUGGCUUCUCUUGCUCGACAACACAGAGAUCACGAUUGGACGUGGUUUAGAUGUCACUUAUCAGCUCUUGUCUCCAAGUUGUCCUUUAAUGAUCUCCAGGCUGCACUGUGUUUUCAAACAAAUGGAAGAUGGGCAGUGGACAGUGACAGACAGGAAGAGUCUUAAUGGUGUGUCGGUGAAUGGAAAGCGCAUACCCGCUGAGGCAGUCCAUCGCCUCAGGCUCGGGGACUCGGUGCAGCUUGGGGUCCCCAUAAUCGGAACCAAAGUGGAGUAUGAGUACCUCCUUGUUCAGCGUCCCCUUAAAGACAUUAAACCUUUCCUAGCCAAGGUGCACAGCAGUGAUGCCAAAACAGCCCUCAUAUCCAAGAAGACCAAGAGGAAAUUCAACAUGGAUGAAGUUGAGCCGUCAACCUCAUCGAAGCCCAAGCUGUAUCGCUGCUCAUCCUCAGACAAGUCUUUUGCACAGCCUUGCCCUCCAGUCCAACACCAACAGAGGCCCAGUACCAGCCAGCCAGAGGAAACUGGAUCCAGCGCAGAAGUCCAAGCAGCAGACCCGCCUUCACAUAGCCUCAGCUGUCCCAGUGACCUGGACAAUUUGCAGAUGUACAGCCAGAACAUCCUGAUGCUGCGGGAGCGGGUCGACGACACACGGCGGCGGGUGGAGUCCCUGGAGGGACAGCCGCAGCAGGGCGACCCGCUGAAGGUGGAGCAGGUCAGGGAGCUGCAGAGCCAGCUGGAGACACUCAGGGCCAAGAUGCACAGGAUGGAAACGUUAGAGAGGUCCUUCAGUGAAACAAAGAAGCAGCUAGAGGCACAGAAAACAUGCCAGGAAGAGAAGCUUUUGAAGAAGCAGCUGGAAGAGGCCUUGCAGGAGCAAAAGAAAGUAAUAGAAGAGCUCGCCCUUUCUCGGCAAGGCUUUGAAGAGAUUCUCUUGGCCAAAAACAAAGAGCUGGAAGUAACCAAGGAAGAGAAGGAGAAGGCAAGAGCCCAGAAAGAAGAAGUAGUCACCCAAGUGACGGAGGUGUUGGAGAAUGAACUUCAGUGCAUCAUUUGCUCUGAACUUUUCAUUGAAGCAGUCAUCCUGAACUGCGCUCACAGCUUCUGCUUGCACUGCAUCAGUGAGUGGCGUAAAAGGAAAGACGAAUGCCCCAUCUGCCGACAGGUCAUUCAGUCUCAGACCCGCUGCCUGGCUUUGGACAACUGCAUCACCAGCAUGGUAGACAACCUGAGCCUGGAUAUGAAGGCCAGGCGACAGACACUCAUCACUCAGAGGAAAGCUGCCAGCCCCGCAGUGGUGAUGGUGAUUCAUGAUGACGACAGUAGCGUGAGCAGCGACAGUGAAGGGAGCUUGUUGUCCAUGGAUAGUAGCCUCAGCUCUGUGGUCUCUGUGGACACAGACAGCAGCAUUAACUCGGACUCCAUCCCAUUCAACGAUAGUUUUUUCCACAGUAGUUACUCGGAUGAAAGCGUUGAAAGUGUUGACUCUGAAGAUUAGGCUUUUUUUUUCUGUGGCCUAUGAUGUGAUGGGAUUACAAAUUUUUUUGGUGUCAAAGUUGUCAUUUCCUUGACAUCAGAAAUUGCAGGCAAGGUUUGGUGUCAGUGGGAGUCCAGCGCCUGGAUUCACCCAAGGUUCAUGUUUUUCAUUUUGUAAUAUAAUUAGUUGUUUGUCUUAUUUUAUUUGUUAACUUUCAACAAAAGGAAUAAAGUGUCUUCCUAUGGAAUUUCACUCUCAAAGUCAAUGCCUGCCUUUAUGUUUUGAUAGAGAUGUUGACUUUCUAUAAGCAUUAAUUUCUUGUGCUUUAAAUGAGGUGGUAAACUUCAUCUGGUACCAGAAAUAAACCUGUUCUUUGAUGAUACAUGACCUCACAAAAUAAGAUGUGAAUGACCUUUGAAGAAAUAAAGGAAUAAA